UUGCACAUAAUAAUCAACUCAUCUUUCCUAUGCGGACUCAAUAGAAUAUAUCGUCAAGAUAGUUUGAUAAAUCUGUUGGUUUGGUGAAAAUGUAAAUUUGUAUUUGUAAAAUUCGUUUAGUUCGUCUGCAACCCAAUGUGCUAUGAAAAUAGACGCAAUUCAAGAAAAACGUUUGAAGGACAUAAUUUUAUUGAAUUAAUGUUAAUUCGUUUUGAAACUAGAAACUAGUACAACGAAGUCGAAAUCGUUCGUAAAGUAUAUUUUGUUGAAAUAAAACUUCUUUCAGGACUUGAAAAAUAUACAUAGCUUUCUAUAAUGAAAACAGCAAGUUUCUUUUCGCUCUUGAAACAAAAUGGUCACGUUUUACUAUCAUUGUCUGGAAUAGGCUGUCUGGUACUAUCUUUGUUUUUGAUCGCGUCGUCUAACAGCGAAAGUGAUCGGAGGUACAACGAGAUAUUGGAUCAUCUUGCAGAAAUGAAAAAAGGAGGAGGUUCCAUGAACGCAGACAUUGCGUUAAAACAGCAAUUUAAAAGAGGUAAUCAAGCUGAAGACAGAAGAAAGAGGGAUGUGGAUGAGCAUGAAAAACCGAAGCAUGUACCUCAUUUAUAUGAGUCAGGUGGUGCACUAUAUGUAAGAUGGGGACGAACAUCAUGUCCAGACAAUUAUACAGAAUUAGUAUAUGACGGUAUUGUGGGUGGAUCUUGGCAUGAUCAUCAAGGAGCAGCUACAAAUUUCCAAUGCUUGCCACACAACCCUGUCUGGGGCCGUUUCACAAGCAGCGCUGGGAAUGCCUUCAUGUAUGGCGUGGAAUAUAAUGAUGGAAUGGUUGGCAUAAUGGAUUUAGUCAAGGUUGAAAACAAUUUACAAAAUCAAAAUGUCCCAUGUGCCGUUUGUCGAAGCAGUGUUAGAGUUAGCUCACUGAUGGUUCCCGGGAAGAAUGAUUGCUUUGACGGCUGGUACCUAGAAUAUAAUGGAUAUCUCAUGGCUGGUCACCACGGCUCCAAAGCUGGUACUCAAUACAUAUGCGUAGACGAAUCACCGGAAGCAGAUCCAGCCGGUUACAGGGACGAAGACGGAGCUUUGCUCUACAGAGUUACAGCUCAGUGCGGGUCUUUGCCUUGCCCGAGAUACGUUCAAAACAGGGAAUUUACAUGCGCAAUUUGCACAAAAUAGUGAGCAUUACGCCUUCCACUCACUGUAUUGGAAUGGGUAACUGUCAGUAUAAAUCACAUAGUGGUUUAUGUAUUUUUGCCGGUAUUCACGAUCAAAAUUGUUGAAAAUAACUGAUAAUAAUAACAACAGGCUGUGGAUAGUAACGGCAAUGUUUACAUGAAGACCUCAAGGAUUUUUUUAUAAAUGAUAAAUAUGCUAUAGAAUCCAAUUGUUUCAGAUUUCUGCAAUAAACCUAUAUUGCUUUUU